UACGAUCGGAGAAGGAAAUUACAUAUAACUGCUCACUCGUCCUUCUACGAACGAGAUCGAAGAUCAGGCUGGAAAAUAGUUUAUGAUAGACCACCACCGCAGCAAAACUUGAGCCUUGUAGGCAGAUUUCGCGAAGGAUGCCGGCAGUUCAAGGAAGAGUUCGGUAUCUGGCUGGAGGAGAGGAAGGAAUUGAUGAAAAUGGAUCCUACUAUUAUAUACAGGACGAAUGAAGUGGAUGUUGUGUGGCGAUUCAAAGGGGACCCAAAAUCCUUGGAUCAGUGGGUCACCACCUGUGACAGCGAUUAUGAGCAAGGCUUUUCAACAGCUAAAUUAGAAUUGUCUUCUACUGGGACCGGCCUAUUUUCUGGCAUAUUAAGCACUCGUUUGCCCAAAGACGGUAGAGUAAAAAAUGCUGGCUACUGUAAUAUUACCUCGGUACCUAAAGAAAAAUCCUUCAAACGCGAGGUCCGUCACGAUUGGACGCCAUACACUCACCUAAUUCUUCGUGUCAGAGGAGACGGCAGGUGUUACAUGCUGAACAUUUCAACCAGAGGCAUAUUCGACUUGAUGUGGAACGACGUGUAUCAUUAUGCCCUUCAUACCAGAGGAGGACCUUACUGGCAAUACACUAGGAUACCAUUCUCCAAAUUUAUCUUCUCCAGUAAAGGCAGCACGCAGGAUGGUCAAGUGCCCAUAAUGCUGGGUGAAGUCGCAACUUUUGGAAUUUCGAUAUCAGACGACGUUCCUGGACACUUCAAAUUAGAAAUAGAUUAUAUUGGUUUGGAGUGUGAUGAAUAUCACAAUGAAGAGUUUGCUUAUGAAUCUUACAAUUUGGCAGGAGUCAGAUUUUAAUUUUUACAUACAAAAAUUAAUGAGAUUCGCGUGACCUUGUUAUUCUCUACACAAAUGGAAAGUGUAAAUAGAAAAUAUGAAAAAAUAUGGAUUGUACAGUAUGAAUAAUAAACUUGUAUAUAAUUUAUUAAUACGUCCAUAAAAAGCAAA